AGUGCUAAAAAACUAGCAAGAUUAAUAUAUUAUUUUUUAUUAAUAAAUAACUUGAUAUUUUUAAUUAUAUUUAGGUCAAUUGAUAUUAAUUGUUUUAAAACUUAAUUAGGCUAUUAAACGAAAAUGACGCGGUUACAAUCAUUGUUUAGGUGGAUUUUAAAUGGCCCACUUUAGCUCUGUGGUCUAGUGGCUUUGUUCUAUAAAAGACUUUGAUCACAAUGUAUUUACUGCUCGGUGUUCAUCUCAAUAUGGUCGUUAUCAGCACCGGGCUCUUCAACGCAGCUCGGUUCAAGCCUGCUAUGCAAAGCACCCUCUACCAAAAUUUUUACGCGUAUAGAGCCAACGAUGGGAACACUGAUGGCAACGCGUUUCAUGGCUCAUGCCAGCAUACAAACAGGGAAUAUGUUCCAUGGUGGAUGGUGGACUUACUUGGUCUGUUUGUUAUAGAGGUGAUACGGCUAACAAACAGAAUGGAUCCCUAUCCUCGUCGACUGAGAAACUUUGAAAUCGACAUCUUUGAGCAAGACCCGAGACGACUCGCCAAUUUUCCAAACAUUAGAGGCCAAGUGUGCUACAACCAAACCGAUCCGCUAGAUGGAGGAACGUACAACUACACCUGCAGUGACUCAAUUGUUGGUAGAUAUGUCAGAAUUGUAAUGAGACCAGGUGCUCUUGAACUGUUACAUAUCUGUGAGAUGGAAGUUCUUGUCAGUGGCUCUAUCAUAGAAGAGAUAAACUUUCAAAGAAAGGUCAAUACUAAACUUAUAGACUCGCCAUUCGCUGAACUGACCCUCGCAAGCUCAUUUCUUUGCCUGCGUGAAUGUCUACUCCAAAGGCCAAUUGACUUCUGCACAGCUUUGAACUGGAUCACUUCAACAAGGUCUUGUCAACUUUUUAGUGUCAACCCAUACCUGGAUAUUGCACCCAACCUUACAUUUUCACUGGAGACACAUUUUUAUAUUCAGAUUAAUUAAAACUCAAGUGGUUUUUGUUUGAAUUUCUAAGCAUAUCAGCAACAUUAGAUUGUCUGGAUUAAUAUCAAAUGAAAUACUGCACAGAAUCCGAAAUAGUGGAGUAUCUCACAAGGUCGUGUCCAAUCUUUAAUGCCAGCUCUGACUGGACAUUAACUGGACAUUAAACUUUGUUUGACAUUUUCUCAGUACUUAUUUCAACCAAAAAAAAAGUAAUUGUUAUUUAUUUCAAAUAAUUUAAUAGCAUAACUUGAUAUAGA